AUGGCCCCCAAAAAGCCAGAGCCCAAGAAGGAUGACGCCAAGGCCGCUGCCCCCAAAGCAGCUCCAGCCCCUGCAGCUGCACCCGCAGCUGCACCUGCGGCGGCACCUGAGCCCGAGCGCCCCAAGGAAGCAGAGUUUGAUGCUUCCAAGAUUAAGAUCGAAUUCACGCCUGAGCAGAUUGAAGAGUUCAAGGAAGCCUUCCUACUGUUCGACCGCACACCCAAGGGAGAGAUGAAGAUCACGUAUGGGCAGUGUGGGGAUGUCCUGCGGGCCCUGGGUCAGAAUCCUACCCAGGCAGAGGUGCUCCGUGUCCUGGGGAAGCCCAAACAGGAAGACCUCAAUUCCAAGAUGAUGGACUUCGAAACGUUCCUGCCCAUGCUCCAGCACAUCUCCAAGAACAAGGACACUGGCACGUACGAGGACUUCGUGGAGGGCCUGCGGGUCUUCGACAAGGAGGGCAACGGCACGGUGAUGGGCGCAGAGCUCCGCCAUGUGCUGGCUACGCUGGGUGAGAGACUGACUGAAGAUGAGGUGGAGAAAUUGAUGGCGGGUCAAGAAGACUCCAACGGCUGCAUCAACUAUGAAGCAUUCGUGAAGCACAUCAUGGCCAGCUGAGCCUCUCACAGGAAGCCCAGGGCAGGCCAAGCUGGGGACAUCUCGUCUCCCAACCGUGAUGCCGACACCAGGUCCGGAGCUUCUGGAAGGAAGGGAGUGAGCCAGACUAUGUGCCUUUUCUGGCUCCUGUUGGGAUGUGCUUGCCACCUGUAAUAGCCUUUCUGUCUCCAUCCAUGGCCUUAUGAAUAAAUGAUUUCCUUCCUU